UUUUGUGCGCAGUUUUCCGGGCCGGGUAAGAGGUGGCAGUGUAAGGGACGUUGUAUGACUUUGUGCCUGUGUUUAGCAGGCUAGUUAGGUCGUUUAUUUGACAGGUGCUACAUUUUCAGAGCCAUGGAGGCCCUUAUCCCUGUCAUCAAUAAAUUACAAGAUGUGUUUAAUACAGUUGGCGCAGACAUUAUCCAGCUGCCGCAGAUUGCUGUUGUUGGAACGCAGAGCAGUGGGAAGAGUUCGGUGCUAGAGGCUCUGGUGGGCCGAGACCUUCUGCCCCGUGGUACUGGUGUUGUCACCCGUCGGCCCCUCAUCCUCCAGCUGGUCCACGUGGACCCAGAGGACCGCAGGAAGACCAGCGAGGAGAAUGACCCCAAUGCCUGGAAAAACGGGCGCUAUUACAAAGGCGUCGAUGGAGAGGAAUGGGGCAAGUUUCUACACACCAAAAGCAAGAUCUACACAGACUUCGAUGAAAUCAGGCUCGAGAUCGAAGCUGAAACCGAAAGAGUUUCUGGCAAUAACAAGGGAAUCACUGAUGAACCCAUUCACCUGAAGAUCUUCUCCCCUCACGUAGUCAACCUCACACUAGUGGAUCUGCCAGGUAUCACAAAGGUCCCAGUGGGAGACCAGCCCAAAGACAUAGAGGUGCAGAUCAAAGACUUGAUCGUGAAGCACAUCUCUAACCCCAACUCUAUCAUCCUGGCUGUGACUGCGGCCAACACAGACAUGGCCACCUCAGAGGCCCUCAAAGUUGCCCGCGAGGUCGACCCCGACGGCAGGAGGACGUUAGCGGUGGUGACCAAACUGGACCUGAUGGACGCUGGGACAGAUGCCAUGGACGUUCUGAUGGGCCGGGUCAUCCCUGUUAAACUUGGCCUCAUUGGCGUGGUCAACAGGAGUCAGUUGGACAUCAACAAUAAGAAGACAGUGGCCGACGCCAUCCAUGAUGAAUAUGCCUUCCUACAGAAGAGGUAUCCCUCCCUCGCCAACAGAAACGGAACCAAAUACCUGGCUAGAACAUUGAACAGAUUGUUGAUGCACCACAUCAGAGACUGUCUCCCGGAGCUAAAGACUCGUAUCAACGUGCUGGCGGCCCAGUACCAGUCCCUGCUGAGCAGCUACGGUGAACCUGUAGAGGACCAGAGCUCUACUCUGCUGCAGCUCAUCACAAAGUUUGCUGCAGAGUACUGCCACACCAUCGAGGGCACCGCCAAGUACAUAGAGACAACCGAGCUGUGUGGUGGAGCACGAAUCUGUUAUAUUUUCCAUGAGACUUUUGGUCGGACGCUGGAGUCUGUGGACCCACUGGGAGGUCUGACCACCAUAGACGUGCUAACGGCGAUUAGGAAUGCUACGGGCCCGCGGCCUGCCCUGUUUGUGCCCGAGGUGUCGUUUGAGCUGCUUGUGAAGAGACAGGUGAAGAGACUGGAGGAUCCCAGUCUGCGCUGUGUAGAGCUGGUCCACGAGGAGAUGCAGAGGAUCAUCCAGCACUGCUCCAACUACAGCACACAGGAGCUGUUGAGGUUUCCAAAGCUCCACGAUGCCAUAGUAGAAGUGGUCACGUCCCUCCUCAGGAAACGGUUACCGGUCACCAAUGAGAUGGUUCACAACCUGGUGGCCAUAGAGUUGGCCUAUAUUAACACCAAGCACCCUGACUUUGCUGAUGCCUGUGGCCUCAUGAACAACAACAUAGAGGAACAGAGACGCAAUAGAAUGAGAGAGCUUCCGUCCUCAGUUCCCAGGGAAAAGUCCUUUAAGGGCCCAAGUGGUCAGUCUCUCUCCCCCACUGAGCUUUCUCCCCCCGAAGGAGAGGGACCCAAGGCUGCAGGUGGGGGUCCUCAGGGGGACCAGGAUGGAGGGACGGGGAACUGGAGGGGCAUGCUGAAGAAGGGAGAUGAGGGGAUGGGUAGCGAUAGAUCCAUGCUCCAGACCUCCAACCCUGCCAGCCCUCAGAGGGGCCACGCUGUCAACCUGCUGGAUGUGCCUGUUCCCGUUUCCAGGAAGCUGUCUUCUCGAGAGCAGCGGGACUGUGAGGUCAUCGAGAGACUCAUCAAGUCCUACUUCCUCAUCGUCAGGAAAAACAUCCAGGAUAGCGUGCCCAAGGCGGUGAUGCACUUCUUAGUGAACCAUGUGAAAGACAGCCUGCAGAGUGAGCUGGUGGGUCAGCUGUACAAGGCAGGUUUGUUAGAUGACCUGCUCACUGAGUCUGAAGACAUGGCCCAGAGACGCAAUGAGGCUGCAGACAUGCUCAAGGCCUUGCAGAAAGCCAGUCAGGUGAUUGCUGAGAUCAGAGAAACACACCUGUGGUGAGGGCCUCUACCUCCAUACGCUCUCCCUCCCACAUGGACAGUAUGCCCUACACUCUUCCCCUAAGCCCUGUUCUCUCAAACCUACCUGGACUGCAGUGCAGAGAUGGCCAACUUGAAAAUGCACUGGUGUCAAUUGGUUUAAAGGGUCUCAAUUCUCCCAUCCUUCUCCUGAAGUGUGCACUUGCACACUCCCCGUCUUGGAUUUAAAGCGGUCGAUUAGUGCAAGCAUUGGCAGGAGGGAGCUUCCCCCAUUUGUUAAUUCCAUAAUGGGGAGUGUAGAAGUGCACACUUCUGGAGAUGAGUGGAGAAUCGGGAGGCACGUUUUGAAUAUAGUUUUAUGAUGUAUUAUGCAGUCUUGAGCUACACGAAGGGCAGUACAUAUCUUUGCCUGCACCACAAACACACACACACACAGGAGCGCUCCUGUCCAAAGUAUCUUUCAUAUGUAAGUAAAGUAAAUACCAUGUAAGGUGUGAGGCAUACCUAAUGAGGAAUGUUUGUCCCUAAAUGUAGAGUUAAAAUAAAGCUAGAAAUGGCAAACCUUA